GCGGAAUUCAUUGCGAGGCUUUGAACACUGGGUCGGUAAACAUCCGCUUAUUUUGUGUAGUAAGACACAGCCUCCAGAAUGAAUUUCCAUGAGAAGAAGGAUUAUCAGGACACUGACUUUAAAAUGAGUUCUCCAUCUGCUGAAUCAAGAUGUGAUCCACCCAUAAAGAAUCUGAGCUCUGACUUUAGUGAUGCAUCAGUGAUCUCUGAUCACAGCAGGUGUAAGAGACAGAGAACAGAGCCUCCAGAACCCAGUGGUGUGUCUGUAAAGAGUGAUGCAUCUAUGAUGGAUCCCCCUGCACUCAGUGAGGCAACAGUGACCUCUGAUCCCAGCAGGAGGAAGAAAUGUGAGCUGAACAGAUCUGUGCCCUCUACAUCCCACUCUCAGACCCACAUUAGGCAAGAAAGAACUGAAGCAGUCUUGCGGACAGACACACUGAAGAUGGCAAACCUGCAGAGAGUCAAAGACCAGCAUAAAAUCAGCAUAAAGAUUAAAUAUGAAAGAUUGUUUGAGGGAAACAAACUCCAAGAGAAUGAAACCCUCCUGAACAGGAUCUACACACAGCUCUACGUCAUAGAAGGAAAGUUUGAAGGAGUGAAUGAAGAACAUGAGGUUUUACAGAUGGAGAAAACAGUCAGAACACAACACUUCCAAGACACUCCAAUUGACUGCAAUGACAUCUUUAAAGCCUCACCUAAACCAGGAUGUGAGGAGAAGGUCCAAAUCAAGACUGUUCUUACUAAAGGCAUCGCUGGAAUUGGAAAAACCGUCUCUGUGCAGAAGUUCGUUCUGGACUGGGCUGAUGGAAAAGCUAAUCAGGAUGUAGAUUUCAUGUUUGUACUUCCAUUUCGAGAGCUAAACUUGAUCCGAGAUCAUUAUUACAGUCUUCACAGACUUCUGCUGGACUUUCAUCCUGAACUUCAAGAUCUGGACUCAAAGAUUUAUGAGGAGUGUAAAGUUGUGUUCAUCUUUGACGGUCUGGAUGAAAGCAGAAUCACACUGAUGUUUUCAGAUGCUCAGAAAGUUUGUGAUGUGAACGAGUCUUCAUCAGUGGGUGUGUUGAUGUCAAACCUCAUGAAAGGAGAGUUGCUUCCCUCUGCUCUCAUCUGGAUCACCUCCAGACCAGCAGCAGCCAAUCAGAUACCCUUCAAAUACAUCAACCAUGUGACAGAAAUUCAGGGAUUCAGUGAGCCUCAGAUGGAGGAAUAUUUCAGGAAGAGAUUCAGUGACCAGCAUCAAGUCAGCAGAAUCAUCUCACACAUCAGAAGAGCAAGAAGCCUCCACAUCAUGUGCCACAUCCCCGUCUUCUGCUGGAUCUCAUCCACUGUGCUUCAGAAGCUCCUGAAAGAAGAUCUGAGUGUAGAAAUCCCUCAAACUUUGACUGAAAUGUACAUCCACUUCCUGCGGAUUCAUAUUAACAUGAGGAACCAGAAGUAUGAAGAGAGAGAUUCAGAGAAACUCCUGCAGUCCAACAGAGAUGUGAUUGUGAAAAUUGCUGAAGUGGCUUUCAAACAACUGAUGAAGGGCAAUGUGAUGUUCUAUGAGGAGGACCUGACUGAAAGUGGCAUAGAUGUCACUGACGCCUCAGUGUAUUCUGGGAUUUGCACUGAGAUCUUUAAGGAGGAAUCUGUGAUUCAUCAGAGGAAAGUCUACAGCUUUAUCCAUCUGAGUGUUCAGGAGUUUCUCGCUGCUUUCUAUGUGUUUUACUACCACAUAGAGAGCACUACUGAACAAUGUUUUGAUUCCCUGGAAAAUCUCCAUGAAAGAGUGGCUGAUAAGGCUGUAAUGAACGAAAAUGGACAGCUGGAUCUGUUCUUGCGGUUCCUGUUGGGCAUCUCACUGGACUCCAAUCAGAGACUCUUACAGGAUCUACUGUCACAGACAAAGAACAGCUCAGAGAGCAUAAGGAGAACCACAGAGUUCAUCAAAGAGAAGAUCAAAGCUGGACAUGGACUCACCACUGAAAGGUCCAUCAAUCUGUUCCUCUGUCUGUUGGAAGUAAAAGAUCAGACUCUGUCUAGAGAGAUUCAGGAGUUUGUGAAAUCAGUUAAUUACACAGAGAAGAAACUCUCUCCUGCUCACUGCUCAACAAUCGCCUACAUGCUUCAAAUGUCAGAGGAGGUGCUGGAUGAGCUGGACCUCAAGAAAUACAACACAUCAGAUGAGGGUAGAAGAAGACUGGUACCAGCUGUGAUCAACUGCACAAAAGCUCUCCUUGCUGGCUGCAAUCUCACUGGUCAGUGUUGUGAGAGUUUGUUAUCAGCUCUACAAUCUUCAAACUGUGUCCUGAGAGAUCUGGACCUGACUAACAAUGACCUACAGGAUUCAGGAGUGAGGCUACUCUCGGAUGGACUGAAAAGUUUAAACUGUCAGCUGGAGAUAUUGAGGUUGUCUGGCUGUAUGGUGACAAAGGAAGGCUGUGGUUAUUUGUCUUCAGCUCUGAGUUCAAACCCCUCACACUUGAGAGAGCUUGAUCUGAGCUACAAUCACCCAGGACAAUCAGGAGACCAGCUGCUCAACCACAAACUGGAGGAUCCAAAUUAUAAACUGCAGAUACUUAAUUUGGACCAUGGAGGACAUUUUAGGAUCACACCAGGUCUACGAAAAUAUGCCUGUGAUCUCACACUGGAUCCAAACACAGCACACACUCAACUCAUCCUUUCUGAUGGGAACAAAAAAACAACAUAUGUGAAAGAGAAUCAGCCAUAUCCUGAUCAUUCAGAGAGAUUUGAACGCUUUGAGCAGGUUCUGUGUCGAGAGAGUCUGACUGGACGCUGUUACUGGGAGGCUGAAUGGAGCGGCUUGGGUCAUGUAGCAGUGGCAUAUAAAGGAAUCAACAGGAAGGGAGGUAUUGGUUGUUGGUUUGGACUCAAUGAAAAGUCCUGGAAUCUUUACUAUUGUGAUACGACUUACACUGUAUGGCACAAUAAUAAAAGCACUGACAUUCCUCGCUCUUCAUCCUCUAAUAGAGUAGGAGUGUAUCUGGACUGGUCGGCUGGCACUCUGUCCUUCUACAGUGUCUCUGACACACACACACUCACACACUUAUACACAUUCAACACCACAUUCACUGAACCCCUCUAUGCUGGGUUUAAGAUUUAUUCUGAUUCUUCAGUGUUUCUAUGUCAGAUUUAACAACAUUCCUGCGAGGAACCACACACCACACACAUGUGGAGGCCCAUUUUCAAAAGUUCUUGAUAUAAACUUGCCAAUGCAAGACGUAAAGGUAAAAUUCUGAGACCAGGGACAGUGACCUUCUUAUGAAUUUACAAUAUAAACUGUAAUUUGUUUUCUCAUGGCAUCCAUGUACAUAAUAUUUUCAUAAUAUCUAUCAAUUAAUAAAACUGCAUGAAAUAAUUUGUACAUAUAGUGUGCAGGGAUAUUAAUAGUGCCCAAGUAAAAAUAUAACAAUAGGCUUUGAAUUUAAAGAUGAAUUUGAAUUUGAAACUUUCUGAACAGUGUUGUACGCCAGUGAAAACAGUGCCAUUCAGUGUAUUAACAAGAUGUCCAUGUUUUAUUCUAACUUUAAUGUAUCAGCUUUACUGUGUAAUACUGGGUUACUGGUUUUCUUCAAUAAAUCUUUGCACAUUGUAAAUCACCCCUUAUUGCAAAGAAAAUAUAUUUUCUAAUAUGUGACCCUGGACCACAAAACCAGUCUUAUGUUGCACGGGUAUAUUUGUAGCAGUAGCCAAAAACACAUUGGAUGGGUCAAAUUUAUCAAUUUUUCUUUUAUGCCAAAAAUCACUGGAAUAUUAAGUAAAGAUCAUGUUCCAUCAAGAUAUUUUGUAAAUUUUCUACCGUAAAUAUAUCCAAACUUAAUUUUUAAUUAAUAAUAUGCAUUGCUAUGAACUUCAUUUAGACAACUUUUUGAAACUAUUAGAUUCCAGAUUUUCAAAUAGCUGUAUCUCGGCCAAAUAUUGUCAGAUCCUAACAAACCAUACGUCAAUGGAAAGCUUAUUUAUUCAGCUAUUUUAUAGUUUACACUUAUGACUGGUUUUGUGGUCCAAGGUCACAUAUAUGAAUGAUACAUAUAAAAGAUAUAAAGGUAUAUUACAAAAUGUACAGAAUAAUAUAUUGUGUAAUUAUAGUAUAUAUGUUGUUGCUUUCACAUAUUGAAUGAAUGACUGAAUGCCUUUUAUUGUCAUUAUACACACAAUAAUGUUCUGCUCCGAGUUUGUUACUUGUAUAGGUUUGGCGCCACCUAGUGGCAGUUCUAUUCGAAGUGAGUUCAGAGUGGAGCACAUUUUUCAUGCAGUCAGUUUCUCCUCGAUCUUUGGAUGCCAUCCUUUGUUUUGUGUUUGUAUAAGCAUCAUCUGUAAGGUACUGCUCGAUUACAUAUACAUAUAUGUACACAUAUGUGUGAUAAGUUCUUUUGAAGCUUUGAUUUGAUGUAAUUUAAGUAAUAGCCUCUAGCUGUUAGCCUAGCCUUUAUUUGACAUGGCACUCAAUGUGUUGAUUUCAUUCUUCUUUGAGAAGACAACUUGUCUGUACGAGUCAAUAUCUCUAUUUGUUCUGAUUUUUGGGAUUCUGAUUCUGAUUUCUGAUCUGACUUUUCUGAUAUUCUCAUUUAAGGAAAUAGGAAGAAUUCAGAUGCAAAAGCCUCUAAAUCCAUCUGACGUAUUUCUUUAAAAAGAGCAUUUGUUUCUGGCUACUUUGUAUAGGUUUCUGUGUAAGUACUGGUACUUCUGAUUGGGCUGAGGCUGGAAUUUAGCGAGUUUGAAGCAAAAGUAUUUGAUGGACGUAUAAUAUGUGUCAGGAGCAUUCACUCAGUAUCAUUAUCUCAUUUUUGACCGAGAUGGCUUUUAGCUGGUUUUGCAUCUGAACUCUUCAUAUAUUACAUCAAUAAUUUUUGAGCCCUUUUUGAGAUAUAAGUCUCAGAGCAGUCGCCAUACCCUAGCCCAGUCAGGUGUGCCAUAGAAAAUUAUCCAACAUUCAUAUCUCUAAUAUAUUUAAUUAUUAUUAUUUUAAAUCAGUGCUAUUUUUACAAUUUUUUACAUCAGGGUUUUACAAAUAUUUACCAUUGAAAAGUAUUCAAAAGACCAUGUCACUAAACCCCGUAACACCAUUGGAUCCUCAAACUGUCAGUGAAACCUUGUAAUUUCACCCUGCAUUCAUUCAGAAGCGUUGGAGACAGCUCUCCGCUUGUUUGCAAUAAAUAAAUAGCUGAUGUUUCAAUAAGUACAGCGCUUUCUUUACUCAAACACUAUGUCUGUAAACGCUAAUGAUUUUGUGUGUUUAAAGAGCAGAGGAGAGUCUUAGCGUUUGCCGUCUAUUUGUAGCCAAUUUACUAUUGUACGUUUCAGAUAUGCUGUGCAUAUAGCGCUUCAUUGUUUAUAUCAUGAGAUUUUGGCCAAAUGUACGAAACGACAAGAAAAACUAAUAUUAUCCACUUGAUACAGCUGUUCUAAUGACAGACAAAACAUUCUGUCAUUCGCUGUUCAAAAACAUUAACUCCAUUUGAGUUUGAUUUUCAUUUAUUUUCAAAAUAUUAAGUGCAAGGGUUUGAUAAAGCAACAAUACCAACUCUGAUGAACUAUUGGAGAAAAAAAGACCAAAAAAAAAGUUUUUCUCUUUCUAUCCCCUUAUGCCAUAUGCUAUGCUUUUGUGAAACGCCACCACUGUUUAUGGAUGGAGCUUGGCUGGCUGUUGAAUUGCAUGUGCACAUGCGAGGACAAUAUCUUUGUUUCUAUUUCGGAUUGUAUGUUAAUUUAUAUUCAAUAAUACAUUUAAUAAUUAUUUCAAUGGUUUCAAAAAUUUCAAUGGUUUGCCAUUGGGGGGCAAUCUCUGUAAACCCGUGAAUAAUGCGAGUUCACUAAGAUCGCCCCCCCAGAGGUGAAUCACUGAACCAGCGUCUAUAGUUUUUACCUGAUCUCGGAUUAGUUUCAUCAAUUUGUAGACAUUUUAAACGAGGCAUUUGUAUAAUUAAAAGGAUUAGUAGCAGUUAACUAACUCUUACCAGCAGGCGGCAUUAGCGUGUGGUGUUUUGAAUGCUUUGAAACAGUGAAUCAUUUUGCGAAGCAAUUGGUUCAGUUGAUUCGACGCUUUGGAAUGGUUCAUUUUCCCAUCACUAGUGCAUAUACACACACACACAUGGAAAAAUAUAUUUCUUUUGUUUAACAACCCUGUACAUAUAAUAUACAUGUUUCAUAUUUUAAAAUAUAGCUGGCUUAUAAUAGCAUAACCACACCUGCUCAUUAUAAAGGGCUUAGUGAACAGACUGACCUGUGCUGAAAAGCAAACAGCUAGUUGUUUUUAAAUACAUUAAUGGCACUUGGCCAGUCAUCAUCCUAAACACAGGCUCUACUCUUCUGCACAAUGGUAACCACACAAACUUGCCAGAAACCCUUUUGCAUUUCAAAUUAAUAAAACAUUAAACACUAACAGAUCUCCCCUUAUAUUAAUAUUGAGUAAAAAAACACAUGAAAUAACACUUAAUUUAUUUUUUUACUCUCCAUUAACAGUCAGAAGCAAAGCAUGCUAGGUCCUAGAAAUCUGC